GUUAUGGCCAGCGGUCGCAGAGCGAGUUCAAGAUGCUAACCAAUAUAAGCGACUGGCCAACGGUCCGAGGGCACAGAACGUUCGCGGAGUUCCUGCCGAACGCAGCACUUUCUUGAAGCUCACAAAAUGGCCGGCUCGAUCGUGCGUUCCUUCCUGUUGGUGGCCCUGUGUGCCCUGGUCUACGGUGCCACGGUGCCAAGUGGACCGGCCGGUAAGAAGCUGAGCAUCCCCGCGUUCAAUAACGCCGGCAAGACGGUGGGUGUUGAAGUGUGGCGUGUGGAAAACUUUCAACCCGUCGCCGUGCCGAAGGGCGAACAUGGAAAGUUCUACAACGGCGAUUCGUACAUCGUGCUGAACACUAAAGAAUCCAAAAGCGGAAUACUUUCGUGGGACGUACACUUCUGGCUGGGGCUCGAAACGUCGCAAGACGAGGCCGGUUCCGCAGCGAUACUGACCGUGCAGCUGGAUGAUCGCCACAACGGUGCCCCGGUUCAGCACCGCGAGGUCCAGGACCACGAGGGAUCGCUGUUCCUCAGCUACUUCCCGGGGGGCGUCCGGUACGCUGCCGGCGGUGUCAAGAGUGGCUUCAACGAGGUCGAAACGAAUGCGGCCGGCGAGAAGCGCAUGUUCCAGGUGAAGGGUGCCAAAAAUGUCCGUGUCCGCCAGGUGCCCCUGACGAUCGGUUCGAUGAACCGGGGCGACUGUUUCAUCCUGGAUGCUGGCUACGAUAUCUACGUGUACGUCGGGGCGUCGGCCAAGCGGGUCGAGAAGAUUAAGGCGAUCAGCGCGGCGAAUCAAAUUCGCGAUCAGGAUCAUGCGGGUCGGGCCAAGCUGCACAUUCUCGAUGAAUUUGCGAGCUCUUCGGAGCAGCAGGAGUUCUUCGACGUGCUGGGUGAAGGGUCCCCCGAUGAGGUGGCCGAAGAAAGUGAGUCCGAUGAGGCGUACGAGAAGACAGACACUGGGGCCAUCACACUUUACCACGUGUCCGACGCCAGUGGAGCGCUGGAAAUCAACGCCAUCGGAGAGCGGCCCCUGAAGCAGUCCAUGUUGGAUUCAAAUGACUGCUACAUUCUGGAUUCUGGGGCCGGCAGUAUUUACGUGUGGAUCGGUAAGGGAGCCACCGGUCAGGAGCGCUCGCAGGCGAUGGUCAAGGCACAGGAGUUUAUCACCGUCAAGGGUUACCCGGUCCAUACCGCGGUGCACCGGGUGGUGGAGAACGGGGAAACGACCGACUUCAAGCAGUUCUUCUCGAGCUGGCGCGAUCAAGGUGUCACGUACAGCUACCUCAUUCAGACGGCCCUCGGCGACGGGGACGAAUCGGACGCUGAUGCCGAGUUUGAUGCGGAGAUCUUGCAUACGCUCAAGAAGAACGGUGGCCGGGCGCUAGGAUUCAUGCCGGACAACGGUCAGGGUGACGUGGAGAUCUGGCGCGUCGAGGGUUAUGAGCUGGCCGCGGUCGAUCCGUCGGCGUACGGAAUGUUCUUCGCCGGUGACUCGUAUCUCGUGCGCUACGAGUACAGCGAGAAGAGCGGUGGCCGUGGCUACAUCGUGUACUACUGGCAGGGCAAAACAUCGUCGACGAGUGAGAAGGGUGCGUCGGCCAUGCACGCCGUGCGGCUCGAUGAUGAGGUCAACGGCAAGGCUAUCCUCGUGCGGGCCUCGCAAGGUAACGAACCGCGACACUUUAUGAAGCUGUUCAAGGGCAAGAUGGUAACCUUCCUCGGGGACUACGAUAAGCAGGAGCGCGGUUCCGACACGAGACUGUUCCGUGUGCGGGGAACCUGUGCCGAUGAUGUGCGGGCCGAGGAGCUACUUCCGAGCGCUUCCUCGCUCGCAUCGGACGAUGUGUUCAUCGUGGUAACGCCGGCCACCACGUACCUUUGGCACGGCGUUGGAGCAUCGGAUUUGGAGAAGGAAAUGGCAUCGGCCGUUGCGGGUUCUAUUGCCCCCGGUACGGAAGUCGCUAUCACGGACGAAGGCUCCGAAACGGGCGAAUUCUGGGAGGCACUGGGCGGAGAAGCGGACUACGAUCGUGAGCUCGAUCCGCCGGGAGCACCGUUCCUGUCGGCGAGACUGUUCCACUGCCGCAUCCUGUACAACAAGAAACUGCGCGUCGAAGAGGUCCCGCACUUCGAGCAGGAGGAUCUGAACGUGGAUGAUGUGAUGGUGCUGGACGGUGGUGAUGAAAUCUACUGCUGGGUCGGCAACGGCGCAACGGAGGAAGAGCGCACCAAAUCGACCGACAUGGCCCGCCAGUACAUCCGUACGGAUCCUUCCGACCGUUCGGAGGAGACGGUCCCGAUCGUCACCCUCAAGCAGGGCGCCGAGCCAAGAAGCUUCAAGCGACUGUUCCCCAGCUGGGACGAUGGCUUCUGGGAGUCACAAUUGUCAUACGAAGCGUUCAGACAGCAAAUGUUGGAAGCAAACCAAUAGGCUGCACGAAACGCAUCAAUCACCACGCAUUCAUCACACCCCUUUGAAGACGAUCCUCUCGUACGAUCGCAUAUAUUUUCUUUUAUUCCUACAA